GUGCAAUAUUGAUGUUUUGGAUAAAUAUCCCGUAGGUGUAACACAUCUUCCAGCCGUUCAACGCGUUAUCUCAACACCUCCGCAGUACAGAAUUUUGAUACGCCUUCUUGGCACACAACCUCGAUCAUCAUUCUACUGGGAUACUGGUGAAUGAUCCUCACAUAUACUGGUCUCUAAUCCAACAUCUAUGUAUAUUUUUGUGUUCAUUAUCAUUUUUUUUACUGCAAUUUCAGCAAAUUCAUCAUCAACCUGGGUCUUCACAAUGGAAACCCAAUCAGCAUCUGGGGCCACCCCUUCAGCUCAGCAGACACACUUGCCUGAUGCGGCCACGGCCGCUCUGGACUAUGAAAAAGAUAGUUGGUCAAAUGGCUCGAUCAAGACCGACGCAUUCUACAAAGUUCCUGACGGCACAGCAAAUCAUUCUGCGGGUACACUCAUCAAGGUUGAAGAGGAUGCCAAUUCCUCCUUGUACACUCUGCCUCCUAAUACCGCAUUGUCCCGUUUUAUUUACCAGUCCAAGAGCCUCAAUGGCAAUCUGGUACCUGUCUCGGCAUAUGUACUGUGGCCUAUGUCUCCAAGAAAUCAAUCGGAUGGCUAUCAAGUAGUUGCGUGGGCACAUGGUACUAUUGGGCUGUCUGAAGAAUGCGCACCAUCUCAUUUCCGCAAUCUAUGGCAGCACUUCCUGGCCCCUUUUCAAUUGGCUCUUCAAGGCUAUGUUGUUGUAGCCACCGACUACGCAGGUUUGGGCGUGGAAAAAGAUGCUACGGGGAAUCACAUCACCCACGAAUAUAUGGCAAGUCCUGCAGCAGCAAAUGACGUUGUUUAUUCCGUUCAAGCUGCAAGACAAGCCUUUCCACAGCUCUCUCAAAGCUUCGUGGUGGUCGGUCACUCACAAGGAGGCGGUGCAGCAUGGGCCACUGCGGAGAAAAAUGCAUUGUCUCCAAUUACUGGUUACCUCGGUGCUGUGGCAGUUUCCCCUGCCACCAAUGUUCUUGAAAAUCCCGAUCCCAUAGUAACAAUACUGGGUGCAGCUAUGGCUCCAGGUACUGCUUCCGCGUUCCCAGAUUUUAGAUUUGAAGACAUCUUCACACCCGAAGGAUUACAAACCAUGCAAACCCUCCUGCGGAUUGAAGGAUGCAGCGCAGUUGGGAACAAUUUGCUCAUCAGACCAGCUCUUACGGGAAAUCUUCUACAGCCGAACUGGAAAGCUAAUCCUUGGGUCAAGAAGUACAACUUGAUCACCAAAAGUGGAGGACGAAGAAUCUUAGGACCCCUUUUGGUUGUACAUGGAGAAGACGACCCACUUCUUAAGUUUGAACUCACUGUAAAUGCAGUGAAUGCUACUGUUUCUCUUUAUCCUUCAUCCCAGCUUGAGUUUUUGCGCCUCCCAAAUACUUCGCAUGUUCCGGCUCUUACUGGUUCGCAAAGAGUGUGGAUGGACUGGAUAGCUGAUCGUUUUUCUGGACUAGAAGUGGAGUCAUUCAACGAGAACUCGACAUCUACUGCAGUUCUCGCUAGGCCCGCAUCUGCCUAUGCACCAGAACUGAAUUGGUUUGUUGGGAUUGCCACUGAGCCUUACCAAACUCCUUAAUCUGACACUUCCUAAACUACUCGUCUAGUUUCUGAUACGAGGUUCUCAUUUCAAUGUAGUGGAGGUGGAAUUUCUUUAACAGUCAGAUGGAAGCGGUGCGGUCAGCAAUGUGGUUGCACAGUCAGUUCAUAGCGGUAAUAUGUGUUUAAUGGCUCGGUUAAUGCACUCUUAUUUUGCUUAAUUGAUGAAUGACAUGUUGCUUAUUGAUAAAUUUAGCUACAACUAGGAACUAAAACAAAUCUAAUGAUGAGACUUGUGUUGUAUUGGAAAAAUGUUUGGUGACUCUGCAGGAACGUGCCUCUUGGAUGUAUACAGACAAUUUGGAAACCCCAAAUCAAUGAAGAAACUCUUCCC